UACACAUCUGCAAUUGUUGAAUUCAAUUAGAGAACCCUGAUUAAAAUUUUCCUUUGAAAUACAUUUAUGUUUAGCUGUCAAAUAUAUUAAUUAAACAUUUUAAAAACAUUCGUAAUUUCUUCGCCUUAAAAACAAAAUGAAACUGAUUAUAUUUUUAAUAAUUUAUCAACUAAAUAUAUUAAUAUUAAAUACUCAAGGAUAUAGCACAAAUCUGAAACAUGUAAAACGUACAAUACCUUCUCUCUAUGGCGACUUUGCUUUAGCUGAUGAUGCAGGAGUAGGAGGAGCUACAAAUAGUGCUGGCGAUAAUAAUUGUAAUGAGGGUGAAGCCAAUUGUAAUGCCGAUGUAACGAAAGGCAAUUCAAAACAAAAGGCAACAAAUAUUGCCCAGAAAGCAGCACAAGAAGCUAAAGCUGCUUCCGAUGCUCAACAGGAGGCAGGACAGGCUGCUUCGCGACAAGUUAAAAUGCAAUUAGCCGAAAAAGCUAUGCAGGCAGCUAAAGCAGCCGAGGCGGCUUUGGCGGGUAAACAACAGAUUGUAGAACAACUUGAACAGGAGGUACAUGAAGCAGAGGCUGUGGUACAAGAGCAAUCUUCAUCUUUGGAAAAUGCUCAACAGAAUGUACAAGCUGCUGUGCAGGCAGCUCAACAGGCUCAAGCUCAACUGAAAACUCUAACAUCUGCCGUACAAAUGGCCCAAUCAAAUGUGGGCAAUUCCGAACAGGCCGCCGCUGGAGCUCAACAGGAGUUGGUGGAAAAAAAUCAACUAAUGGAAGCGGCAAAAUAUCGUGUUGAUCAGUUGUUGCGUCAAUUGAAUAGUGCAAGAGCUGAUUUUGCCAGUACCAAAAAAGCGGCCUAUAAAGCCGCUUGUGCUGCUCAAGAGGCUAAAGCCAAUGCUGAAAGAGCUCGACGUCAGUUGGCAAAACGCUUUCUAACACCUCAGCAACGUCAACAGUUGUUGGAACAAAGACGUAAGCGUCAACAACGUCUAUCACGUCAGCCGUUUUAUCAAUAAGUUUCAUUGCGUCUUUUAAUCAUUUAGAGGAGAUGUAAAUUUACAAGAUCGGUAUGAAAUUUUAACUUUUUACAAUCAUUUAAAAAGCGUGAAGGGAAGAGGAAGCUGUUUAUUUCUUUUACAUUUUAUUUUAUAAUUUAUUUAUUAUUAUUAAAUUUUUGGCGUUUUUCUUUGAAGUUUUAUAAUAUAUUUUAUAAAUGUGUUGUAAAUUUAAA